AGCACAACCACUCGUUUCUGACCAACGUGCCCAUCUUUCUUUCGUGAAGCUGCCGGAAGGGAAUUGAGUAAGGAGGAUUCAGCAGAAGAAAAGCUUCCCCGUCAGGAAUAAUUUGUACACGGAAAACGACCGUAUGUACACACUCUUCAAGCGUGACGAUUUGCUCGAUAACGCGUCCCUCGUUUACGAGGGAAGACUGCCGAAGGGUGUUGCUGCUGCAGUGCGGUUGCCUCAAAGGGUUACCCAGAUGGAUGUGUCAGAGAAUCCCUUCACGCCUUGCGACUGGUCGCAGACUGCGCCUGAACUACGGGGUAGUGUCUAUAGGGACAUGGAACGCAAUCCGACCCAAUUCAUUGGCCUUCUUGAUUUAAUCAGCAAAAAGGGAUUGGGUGUCGUCUUCCUUGGGAAGCCACACACAGAAAGCGUGUGGGAACUUCUGAAGGCAGGCAGACACGUUGUCGCGAUGGAAGGAAACUCCGACCUGCUGCAAUUCAUGAUGCAACUCGUCAAAAGCGAGGUCAACUCGGGGCCCCACAAUUGCGAGUUCAUGGUCAAGAAGGCGACACGGAAUCUCGUGUGGAGCAACAAGACGGAUAUGUGGUUCAAGUUGAGUGAGAGGAAGAGGAACAAAGUAUAUGCCUUCUUGUUCUUGCAAAUGUGGCCGACGAAGGACAAUGAUGCCGAGUACGUACGCCGCAAAGACCACAUGUUCGUGUUGCUGGACAACUAUCACUUCGCUUUCCGAAUGAAAUUGAAGAACUUCCUCGAAAGGCCACAGUCCCUGUACUUCGUCGAGUCCGAGGAGGAGUUGAAGUUCGAUAGUUACACUUCCUUGAUCUCCACGGACGACGAGGCAACCACCGGUGCUGAGUUCGAUGCCAACGCGAAGGAGGAGGAGAGCGACACCGAGAGCCUGGACCUGCAAUAUGACCCACCUCCGAUGGAGCACGCCUCAGGGUCCUCGUUGGCCGGUCCGUCAACAAACCCGGCAUCCCUCGUGUCACCGAUGGCCAAACCAGCGCCGAGUACGACCCCGAUGAAGUCGUUGGAGAGACUGAAAGCUCUAGCUGUCCCCCCGCACGCAUUGCGUCCCGGAUUUGACAUCCCGCCCGAGCAUCUGUCUUGGAAGGAUGACAACAUUCACUUCCUUGUUGAGCCGCAAAGUCCUUCGCCUGAGGUGGACUGAGGCCAUGACACGAUUUGGCAUCCAGGAGUCAUCCAACCGGCGAUCCAAAACGGCGAGUGGAUCAUGGUUGUCG